AUGGGAAUUCCGGAGCGGCAUACUAUUAUAUCUAUCUAUCAAAAGUUUCUUGAAACUGGCCCAGUUGAAGAUCGCAUUCGGUCUGGGCGACCAUCAACAAUUACAGAUGAUAUAAUCAAUGAGAUGGAAGAGCCUUUCAGCAAGGAGCCACAAACCAGUGUAAGAAAAAUUGGUCGAGAACUGAACAUUUCAAAGGAUAAAACACAUCGUAUUAUGCAUGAUAUUAUUGGACUUAAGCCAUAUAUGAUGCAUUGUACUCAACAGUUAUAUGAUGAAGAUAUGGAUUUACGUGUAGAAAUGUCGGAGCUUUUGAUACCCAUUUUUGAAAAUCCAGAAAAUGAAGAAAUUCAUGAACAUCGAUGUGCUUGUGAUGAACGAUAUCGAUUUGAUAUUUUGCUAUGA